AUGGCUCACUGGGCCGAUGUGUCAAUCACCACCCAGAUGACAACGGUGGGAUUAGACGACCGUGCUGUUCUCCUUCUGCCAAACGAGAUCGAGACCAGAUGCCCAAUGUGUCGGACGCCGACGACAGCCAACUUUGAUCGUGCGAGGCAGUCCAAACUGCAGGAACAGUAUCCUACCACUUAUCAGGAGCGACAGACUGAGCACCGAACUAUAGUUAACGAUGACUCCGCCCCCAGGGUGGACACAUUGACGGUUUACAUUGGCAACGAGCAUUCUCUGGUCAGGACCGAAGAUGAUUCCAACAACAAGCACCAAUGGAAGUUCUUCGUUCGACCUUCAAGGAGUGAUCUCCUUGAAGAGGUUCAGAUAUUCUUGGUCCGUUGCACUGUUGCUUGGUUUCACCAGUUCGCUGACCGGAUGCAGCAUCCGACAUUCCGUAAUCCGCGGGUGAUCGUCCAGUGGCCACCAUACGAGGUGCGGCGGCUAGGCUGGGGCUAUUUCACGAUAUAUGCCAAUCUGAUCCUGAAGGCGGGCUAUAGCUGGGUAAGCGCAGAAGCCGAAGACACAAUGGAUGGAGGUGUCAAAGGCAAGUUGCCGCUGGAGUGGACGCUGGAUUUCAAUGGACGGGGGAGCCAGGGCAGGCUGCGUCUUAAAGUCAGAAGAGAGAAGCAUGGUCAGGAAAUCGAAGAUGAAGCACAGGUUGAAGAGGUCCGACGCUUGUGGAUGCGACAGAGGGAGACGGACCCAGAUUGGGUAGAUCCUGAAGCUUGA